AAGGGCGAGUUGACAUGCUAACCCCUCAAAUCACAUGACGCUACUUUCACUUUCAAGAUGAAGGUUGGCAGUCAAGGGAGUUUGGCAAUAUUUUUUUGUUUUGCAAGCUUUAUUCUAGGAACAAAUUGUCAGAAGUAUCAACCAACAUGGGAGAGCAUCGAUUCUCGACCCAUACCAGCAUGGUACGAUGAUGCGAAAGUCGGAAUGUUCAUCAACUGGGGUGUGUACUCGGUGCCGUCGAUGCAUAGCGAGUGGUUCUGGUGGUUCUGGAAAGGGGGACCCACGGCCGAUGUGGUGAACUUUAUGAAGAAGUUUUAUCCGCCAAACUUCACAUAUGCAGAUUUUGCCAAGCAGUUUCGCGCAGAAUUUUAUGAUCCAAAUAAAUGGAAAGAAAUCAUUCAAGCCUCAGGUGUGAAAUAUGUUGUGUUGACAUCCAAACACUGUGAUGGGUUUAACAUGUACCCAACCAAUGUUACUUAUCAGUGGAAUGCCAGAGAUGUCGGUCCCAAGAGAGAUCUAGUGGGUCCUUUAAAAGAAGCACUGAAGGGGACAGAUGUGAGAUUUGGUAUCUACCAUGACAUGAUUGAAUGGUUUAACCCACUAUGGCUGGAAGAUGUCAAGAAUAACUAUACAACAAAUAGAUUUGUUAAAGAUUAUAUGCUACCUUUGAUGUACGAGGUUGUCAAUGCCUAUGAGCCGGACGUCUUCUGGAGUGAUGGUGCCUGGUUAGCUCCAUCAUGGCAUGCUCCCAGCUGGUACUGGAAUGCUACGGUGUUCUUGGCCUGGCUGUACAAUAACAGUCCCGUUAAAGAUGAAGUGGUCACUAAUGACAGGUGGGGGGUGGACUGUGACUGUAAACACGGGGGAGUCUGGACAUGCUCCGACAGGUUCCAUCCAGGUCAUGUUCUGCCACAUAAAUGGGUAAAUGCCAUGACAUUAGAUAAACUCUCAUGGGGAUACAGAAGGGAUGCUGACCUAGGCCAGUAUUAUACUAUAGAGGAACUUCUGGAGGAAAUGAUAUAUACUGUCAGUUUUGGAGGAAACAUACUUAUUAAUGCUGCACCAACAGCAUGGGGAACUUUUGACCCAAUAUAUGAGGAAAGAUUCCAACAGCUUGGUUCAUGGCUCAAGGUCAAUGGAGAAGC